AUGAAUUCUGACUCCAGCUCCGCGUCCAGCCGAGCGUCCUCGCCAGACAUGGACGAGAUGUACCACCACCACCAUCACCACCACCACCACCACCACUCGGUGUCCUCCACGCAGAGCGAGGUGGGCGCCAAGGGCUCGUCGGGCGACGGCGGCGGCGGCGGCGGCCUCUCGCGGAGCGGCUCCAAGGGCUCGCCGGGCGAGAGCAGCAAGUACAAGAUCAAGAAGCAGCUCUCGGAGCAGGACCUGCAGCAGCUGCGGCUGAAGAUCAACGGGCGCGAGCGCAAGCGCAUGCACGACCUCAACCUGGCCAUGGACGGGCUGCGCGAGGUGAUGCCCUACGCGCACGGGCCGUCGGUGCGCAAGCUCUCCAAGAUCGCCACGCUGCUGCUGGCGCGCAACUACAUCCUGAUGCUCACCAGCUCGCUGGAGGAGAUGAAGAGGCUGGUGGGCGAGAUCUACGGCGGCCACCACUCCGCCUUCCACUGCGGGACUGUGGCCCACUCCGCCGGCCACCCGCCGCACGCCGCCGGCGCCGUGCACCCGGUCCACCCCAUCCUGGGCAGCGCCCUGUCGUCGGCCAACGGCCCCUCGCCGCUCGCGGCCUCGCUGCCCGGCCUGGGCACCAUCCGGCCGCCCCACUCGCUGCUCAAGACGCCCUCGACGCCGCCCUCGCUGCAGCUCGGCGGCGGCUUCCAGCACUGGGCCGGCUUGCCCUGCCCCUGCAGCAUCUGCCAGAUGCCCCCGCCGCCGCACCUCUCGGCGCUCGGCAGCACGGCCGGCCUGGCGCGGCUCUCCACAGAGGCCAAGGACUUGCUCAAGUGA